AUGUCUGCCGACAGUGAGGUCAUAGAUGAAGACCAAGGUGAAGGUGAUGUUAUUGUUCCUGUUAUCCCUAUAGUGGAGAUUUCACAGAAUGGACAACGGCGUUCUAACGGAAACAAUGAGAACAGCAGUGAAGAAGAUGACGAAAAUGAAAAUGAUGGUGGUACAUCUAGAAGAUCUCAUGCAGCGCCUCUUCCAAGGUACAAAUCUGUCAACGGGAAACACAAAAUUGAUAUGACUCCUCCAGAUCAGAAACUCAUUAGGUCUGAAGACUUAGCUAAAAAAUUGGCUUCUGAAGGAAAGACAGAUAAAGCAAUAGAGGAGUACAUCAAAUGUGUGGCCUACUCCAGAAUUGUCUAUGGCAAAAGACAGGAAAAUACAUAUAACCUCCCCCUGGAAGACUUUUAUCAUGCAGACAAUGCUCGCUCCAUCAUGCUCCAUGGGAGCCACACAGCAUCUUCGGUGGAGGAGAAGGCAGACUUGUUUCAUGUUCUAAUAAAGAUAUAUCGUGUCAUGGGGGAAGCCUGCACAGCCCUGAAGAAGUACAGUGAUGCUGAACAAGCCCUACAGAAAGCCGACAGAAUUUCUCAGGAGCGCAGCAAGCUCUCAUGUGUGGCAGACAAAGAAUGCAACCAGCUGGACAUUUUACUUUAUCAGGCCAUGGCCAGACUUUAUGCAAAGCAGAAGAAAUAUGCACUAGCAAGUGAGAAAUAUGACAAGGUCAUUGAGCUGAUGGAAGAAGAGUUUGGCAGGGACAGCUCUCAGGUCAUGCAUGCCUACAUGGAAUAUGGCAGGCAUGAGCAGUCAAAAGGAAGACAUGCCAAUCAUGAAAAAGCCAUUCGUCUUUUCCUACAGGCUCACUCCAUAGCUUCAGCAAUUUACAAGACAGGGCAUCCAGAGCUUGUGGACACUGCGUUGGCUUUAUCUCAAGCUUACGCCAGCACAGGCUGGGAGGAAGCUGAAGCAUCGGCCAUGAGUUACUUAGAAGAAUCACUGAAUACAUGUACAACUAUAUAUGGCCCGAGCCAUUCAAAGACUUUGGAGGUUCAAGAUCAUUUAGUGAAAGUGAUGAUCAGAACUGACAAAACCAGGGAAGCAAUGCAGAUUUUAAAAUCAAGCCUGCCAGCCAAGUGUGAAGUGUUUGGCGAUUAUUCUGAGCAAGUGUCCGACACUUACAAAUUGAUGGGCAGCAUCCAUUUAGCUGAAGGCAACAUACAGACAGCUCUACAAAAUUAUAAAAAGUGUUACAACAUUGAAUCUAUUCUUUUGGGAAAGAAUCAUAAAAAAGCUAAAGAUACACAGCACACAAUGGAACUCUUGAUGUCGAGUCCUGGUAUCUCUAGCAAGUUUGUGCUGAAUAAGCAAGAUGAGCUGCAGAAACGACCUAGAUUUAACAGUGUCGUUGCUCGGGGAAAAUGA